AUGUCUUACAUCCCUCCGACCGUCACGGCGGUGUCCGCCCCGGGCAAAGUCCUCCUGACCGGCGGCUACCUGGUCCUCGACCGUAACUACACAGGCACCGUCUUCGCCCUCGACGCUCGCAUCCAUGUCAUUGUCGAACAGCUGAAAAAAUACCACCGGAAGAGCUCAUCCACGGGGUCAGGACAAGCGGAGAGCACACCAGAUAGCAAGGAGAGUGAAGACAUCGUCGUGGUUCGGUCCCCACAAUUCGUCGACGCAGUCUGGGAGUAUGGUGUACACCGGUGCGAGAAUGGCGGUGGGAUCAAAGUGAUACAGAAGGGCCAGGGACGGCCCAACCCUUUCGUCGAGACCUCGCUCAACUACGCCCUGACCUACAUCAGCUACGUCGCCGGAUCGAAAGACUUCGGCUCCCUCUCCAUUACCAUCCUCGCCGACAACGACUACUACUCGGAGACGGCCUUCUCCAAGAUCUCCGGGCUGCAGUCCCCCGGCCGCUUCGUCAACUUCGGCGUGCCCCUCCACGAGGCACACAAGACGGGACUGGGAUCCUCCGCCGCGCUGGUCACCGCGCUGGUCUCCGCCCUCGUCAUCCACCGCACCCUGCAACCCGACGACCUGGGUCCCGCGCGCGACAAGCUCCACAACCUGGCGCAGGCGGCCCACUGUGCCGCCCAGGGCAAGGUCGGCUCGGGCUUUGACGUCGCCGCCGCCAUCUACGGCUCCUGCCUUUACCGCCGCUUCUCGCCGUCGAUCCUCGAAUCCGUCGGCGACGCCGCCACCCCCGGCUUCGAGGAGCGCCUCUUCGCCAUCGUCGAGGACGUCGACCCGGCCCACCGCUGGGACACGGAGUGCCUGGACUUCGGCAUGAAGCUGCCGCGCGGCAUGCAGAUGGUCCUCUGCGACGUCGAAUGCGGCUCGAAUUCGCCCUCCAUGGUUAAGAAGGUGCUGGAGUGGCGCAAGCAGAACCCCCAGGAGGCCGACCUGCUCUGGACCGCUCUGCAGACCAACAACGAGCACCUCUGCCACGAGCUCAAGACCCUCUCCCAGAACGCCGCCGCCGCCGCCGGCAACCAGGACAGCGGCAGCAGUGGCUACACCUUGGCUGAUUUCGGCGAGGUGCGCAACCUCAUCCAGCGCUCCCGCGGCCACAUCCGCAGCAUGACCGCCAAGUCGGGCGUGCCGAUCGAGCCCAAGGUCCAGACCGAGCUGCUCGACGCCAUUUCCGACCUCGACGGCGUCGUCGGGGGUGUCGUCCCCGGCGCCGGUGGGUAUGAUGCCCUUGCCGUGCUGAUCCAGGACUCGCCCGAGGUCAUCAAGCGGCUGGAGGACUCCUUCGCCUCGUGGGAGAGUAAGGUGGAGGAUGACUUCGGCGGGAAGAUCGGUACUGUCCGGCUGCUUGGCGUCCGGCACGGGUCGGCUGGAGUGCAGAAUGAAGGCUUGGACCAGUAUUCUGGGUGGGUUUGA